UUACAUUCUAAAGUUCUGCUUGAAUAAAAACAUAUUUGUAAGUGGAAGAACAGCAGAUAAGAGAGCAUAUGUCCUCCUUUGGAAGAGAAUUCUAGAACCUGGAAGUAGCCACUGAAAAGGCACUCUUGUGGACCAACCACAUGCAGUUCCAGUGCCAGUGAGACUAAGAGAAGGCCUCUUCCUAAUAUCUUAAUCAGGUCAGACCUGUACUGGGAGAAGAAAUAUCACAGCCAGAACUUUAAAUAAUCACCAGAAACAGACAGGGAGUAGAGCAGAUCUAACAAGGGAGUAAUGUGCUCCCUACAAAUCACUCUGGUUAACAGUGAAAUUUCCAGAUACUUUCCAAACAAUUUUCAAAGGUAAUCCUACAUAGAGUGUGUUAGAGUGGUCCAAACAUGCAUCACUGUGGCCAGUUAAGAAAUAAGAAUGGAUGUAAUUGAGUAUUAGCCUCAGCAGUGCAGAUGGACUCCUGCCCACCACUGAAACCUGCAUAUUCAAGUUGAGGCUGAAUCCAGGGUACACCAAAAUGGCAAACCCAAGUCUUCAGUUGGUAUAACCUUAUGCAGCACUGGUUGAAUUCCUGUUCUCUUACUUUUGACCAGGAGUGCAUCUCUGAUGUCUGAAUUAAAAUUCAACUUUCUUUGUGCUCAUCAAGUCUUUCGUAACAUCAGGUACUGAUUCAGAACUAGAACAGCCUCCUUGGAUUUAGGUGAAAAGGAAAAAUAGAUUUAUGUUUCAUCAGUAUACUAGUGACAUUGAACCCUGGAACAUCAAAUAACCUUUUUCUGAGUUUUCAUGUAUGUUAAAUAGCAUGGAGAACAAGAUAAAAACCAGUGAGAAAUGCUAGGCCAAAGACCAUGUUGUCAUUCUUGGCAGUCUUCUGAAAUAGCCUCUCCAAGAAGUACUGGACCUCACGUAGAACAGUGACUCCAAGUUCCACCCCAAACAGAAGCCUUAGAAGGAUCAUAGAAUAAUAUAGCUGGAAGGGAACAAGGAAGCCAUUGAGUCCAACCCCCUGCUGUUGCAGAUCACCAAUUUGCACUGUCCCAGUGAUCAAUGGUAUUGAUAAGAAUACAUUCUUGUUCAGUUCCUGGCACAGGUCAUAUGCCAAGGCCUAGUAUAAGUCAUCUGUCAAAAGAACUAAGGCAGUGUCUUUCCCAUAUUUAGGCCUGAAGCCAGAUGGAAAAUAAUCUAGAUGAUUUGCCUCAUGCAGAAACUUCAGGAACUAAGAACCUGCUACAUGCUGGAGCACCUUGCUUAACAAUGGACUACCCAUAAAUUAUCCAGUACAAUAGGAUUCAGGGGGCAUAUGUUUUAUAUCCACGAGAGUCCUAUUUUAUUUGUACCCUGCCUUUGUGCCAGAAAUGGCACUAAAUUAAGGCUUCUGAAAGGAGCUCUAGCCCAUGUAUGCUUAUCCUUGUUUUGCUGACUUCACUCGAACCAGCAGGCUACUUGUUUGUUCACUCCCUGGAAAACCAUUUGGCUCUGCUCAACAUGGAGCAAUGAUGGGAUCCAUCAAGGCCACGCCCCCCUUCUAGAGAUCAGCCACCACCACUUUGCCAAAAUAUAUCUGGUUACCAUUUCUAAAAGGUUAUCUGGGAAAUGCUCUGUUAAUAAGCUCUAAUAGCUUUUCAUUUAGACUAGAUUUCCUUAAACUCCCUUUCAAUCAAAUCCUCAAAUAGGAAAAAUUUCUUCCUUUUCUUCCAGUUCUUCCUGUUUCUUGGAGAGUCAUAUUUUCAGGGACUACAUGGUGAUGUUCCCUGUGGUCAUACAUAAUAUAGAAACCUAAAAUGUAUUAUUUAUAGCUUGGUUUUUUCAUAAAGUUGUCAUAUUUGGUAUAUUAAAUACAAGGAUAGUUGGGAGAAUAAUUUCAUGUUUACUGAGGUGAUACUGAAUAAUUUUAUGAACAAACCAAGUAAUGCAUUUUAUGUUUCUAAAGUAAUAAGAUGACUUAAGCUCUGUAAAAAACACAAUGAAAGUAAGCAUUUCAUAUUUUUCUAUUUUUCCCAGAACCUCCAAAAAUUCAAAAUUUUGGAAAUUGAACAUUUCUGGAAAUUUUACAUCUCUAUCCUUGGAUAUACACACAUGAGAACAAAAAGAUGUCUUCAAGAUAGAUUACUAAAACUUCAAGGCUAGUAAGAUUCUCAGUAACUACACAAACUCUAAACCUCAGGCGAGGUUUAAAUCCACCUCAUAGAGUGAAGUCCAUUUCUAUGACCACAUUCACACAGCAAGAAAUAGAAUUUCUCCAGAAACAUGGGAAUGAAGUAUGUAAACAGAUUUGGCUAGGAUUAUUUGAUGAUAGAUCAUCAGCAAUUCCAGACUUCAGAGAUCCUCAAAAGGUCAAGGAAUUUCUGCAAGAAAAAUAUGAAAAGAAAAGAUGGUAUGUCCCACCAGAACAAGCAAAAGUUGUGGCAUCUGUCCAUGCAUCUAUAUCUGGGUCCUCAGCUAGUAGUACAAGCAGUACGCCAGAAGUAAAGCCACUUAAAUCUCUUCUGGGAGAAUCUGCACCAGCAUUGUGCUUAAACAAAGGCACACCUACCCAAUCUCCUGUUGUAAUUCGGUCUCAAGGACAGUCACAAGAAAAGAAACAGUUUGAUCUUCUCAGUGACCUUGGUUCGGACAUAUUUGCUGCUCCUGCUCCUCAGUCCUCAGCUACAGCAAAUUUUGCUAAUUUUGCACAUUUCAACAGUCAUGCAGCGCAGAACUCUGCAAAUGCAGGUUUUGCCAACUUUGAUGCAUUUGGACAGUCUAGUGGUUCGAGUAAUUUUGGUGGUUUCCCCACAGCAAGUCAGUCUGCUUUUCAGCACCAAAAUACAGCGUUCAGAACGCUUUCAUCUAGCUGCAGUUUUGGUGAAUUUACUACUUCUGCUUUCCCUCUCCAGGCUAUGCGCAGUGGGAGCGCUGGAUCAGUGAAUGCUAACUUUGCACACUUUGAUAACUUCCCCAAAUCCUCCAGUGCUGAUUUUGGAGCCUUCAGUGCUUCUCAGAGCAACACAACUGCAGCCAGUAAAGCUGCAGUGAAUAAAUCGAAUCUCCAGUCAGCAGAUAAAUACGCAGCUCUUGCUAAUUUAGAUAAUAUCUUCAGCACAGGGCAAGGUAGUAGUGAUCAAGGAAGUGGAUUUGCUGCCAGUACAGCACCAGCAGGUCCUGUUGUGUCUGCUCCAAACCAGCCAAGUACAUCUUCAGACAAAUAUGCAGCUUUAGCAGAAUUAGACAGUGUAUUCAGCUCCACAGCAACCUCUAGUAAUGCAUAUACUUCCACCAGUAAUGUUAGCAGUAAUGCUUUUGGAACAGUACCAGUGGGUACUAAUACACAGACACAGCCUGCAUCAUCAAGUGUAUCUGCUCAGUUUGGAGCACCACCCUCCACAAAUCCAUUUGUGGCUGCCCCUGUAGCAGCAGUAGCACCUUCAACAAACCCAUUCCAAACCACUAACAGAGGAGCAACAGCAGCAACAUUUGGCACAGCAUCCAUGAGCAUGCCUGCAGGAUUUGGAACAACUGCCUCAUACAGUCUUCCUACUAGCUUUAGUGGUAACUUCCAACAGCCUGCAUUUCCAGGACAGGCAGCCUUUCCUCAGGCUGCUUUCACCCAGCAACCUAAUGGUGCAGGCUUUGCUCCAUUUGGACAGGCAAAACCAGUAGUAACUCCAUUUGGUCAAGUUACAGGUGUUGGAGUAUCUAGUAAUCCUUUUAUGGCCGGUGCACCAGCAGGGCAAUUUCCAACAGGAAGCUCAUCAACCAAUCCUUUCUUAUAGCCUUACAGACACUUUAAAAGAACUCUUAUGUGAUCACAUAACAUCUCUGCGCCUCUUGCACUGUUGUCUUGUUUCACUGACCUUAGCUUUAAACACAUGGGAAGUCUUUAAAAAAAAAAAAAAAGCCUGCAUUGUGUAUUAAGACCAAGGAAUACCAGGUAAUGUGCAAAACAGAGGGCUGUGGUAACAUCCUUUUUGUGCAUUGGCAGGAGAAUGUUAGUGGUAUCAUGUAUAUUAAAAUUGGCUAAUGUUAAGUUAUUGCAGAUAUCACAUUCAUUAUGCUGCAGUACUGUACAUAUUUUUUCUUAGGAAUUAGUUAUUUGUGCAUAUCAGUAUUUGUAACUUUUAACACAUUGUUAUGUGAAAAAUGUUACUGGGGGAAAUAGAUCAGCCACUUUCAGGUGCUGUUGUAUCUCUUGGAAUGAAUAACCUACAUCAUUUUAACCAUUGCUGUUGGGAGUUAUGAGUUCAAAAUUGAAGGUUUUAUUCAUUUCUUGGUGUGUUUUUUUUUUCUUUCCUAAAGAGCUUUUCUAUUUAUACAUGCCUAAAUUCUCUAUAAUGUAGAGGGAUACCUGUCUGCAUAAUAAAGCUGAUCAUGUUUUGCUACAGUUUGCAGGUGGAAAAAAAUAAACAUUAGAAAAAGCAUGUAUGUCUUUGUCAGCACUUGCACUAACCAAUUUUGUUGAAUCUUCAGGAUCAUUCCCAAGAUAAAUACAAUACUUUCCUGACUGCUUUAGUAAUGUUGUGAACUGGCAUCUAUUUACAAAAUAGGAAUACUCCAAAUGAUCAGUCAAUAAAAUAUCAAUUUUA